GCUGUCUUCCGACAUCAGCCUGACCGAUAGUUCAGACGAGACGCUGAGCUGUGACGGCAACGACCGGGGCGACGCCCCAGCCGCCCAGAUUGGCCACGGCAGUGCCGCUUUGGAGGACAAGGGCCGUGAAGGCAAGUUUGCAGUCCCCAUCAUCCUGGGUUCGCCCGACGACGUGGACGAGUGCUACGCCUACUACGACAAGUGCAAGGACCCGUCGCUGCAG